UUUCACCGCGUUGUUUCAUCGUGCGGUCAUCAGUUAUAAUAGUAACUCUGGUCAUCAGUGGAAAUUUCGCAUUCCUUGCUGAUCUCGUUCUGCCUUUUCCGAUGAUUAUCUCGCUAUGGCGAAGCAAAAUGAAAUAAAUAUCUGUGAAUGUCGAUACGCUCUUGACAAAAAUUCGCAAGAGAUGAAAGACAAGUCUAAUAACAUCCCAAAUAUUCAUGAGAUCGACGAGGUAGAGAGCGAGACCGAAGAAAUGACGGCUUUAGAUCAGCCAGAUUCUUAUGCUUCGGAUGAAGAAGGUGAUAAAGUUGCGCAAAAGAUCAAGGACACGUCGGAUGACGAAUCAGUGUAUAUAGGCGAGUCUUUCUACUCUGACGAGUCCUACGACGAGUCUGAAGUUACAAAUGUCACAUCAGAAUCAUUGAAUACUUCUUCUUUGAUCCAUAUCACGGAUCUCCAACUCAGCCAGAGUUCUAAAGAACAGAACAUUGAAGUUAGUGAAUCAAGUUGGAAGGACAAUUGCCUGGAUGAAUCUUAUUUAUUCAGUGACGAACUGUCUCGCGCUGCCACAGCAAAUAGGGAUAGGUUUACCAAGUCGAGAAAGUACAGACGAUGGAACAUGAGCUUCACCGAUGAGGAAAUGCGCAAGAUCGAGUGGGAGAAUGAGCUGCUGCUGAGGAAGAUUAUGGCGCAACAGAAACCUCGGCACAAGAUUCUUGGCGAGGGUACCGUUCAAUCUAGGACUAGCAGUUCCGCGAUAAAUAGGAAGAAGUUGCAAAAGAAGAUAGAAAAUGAUAACGUUCUACUCCUCAGAAGAAUACAACAGGCAAAAUCGUGCGUUUUCACGAAUACAUCGAAAAUGGGUUGUAGAUUGACCUUUUUGUAGAAUUUUUAUAAUAUUGAAAACAAUUUUGUUCCAUCUCGUUAGGAAACCAAAUUAGUCACAUCAGCGGAUUAAGAUUUAAUCAAUUACUAUUGUAAGGAAAAAGUAUUAGUGUAUAAAUCAAGAAGUUAUGCCUUAUUUUUUAGUAUGACUUAUAAAUAGUCGCAGCGGCUGUAUUAAAUCGUGUUGUCAUAAGCGAGAAAUGAUAUGUUGAAAUUUCGUGCCAUUUGUAAAUAAAGAGAAUUUCAGUGAAAUAAAAUGAGACUACUUUAAAACAUUUGUAAAAAUGAGUCGAAGCUAUCCUUACCUCUCAUGACAGUCAGUAACUUCGUACUUUCUCGAAUACAAAACAUUAAGCUUUUUGUGACUUC